AUGCGUCUUGGUCUCCUAGCUUCGGUUCAACAGAAGGAAGAUCUCGAACUUAAUAAAAAUAUCGCCACCGAAGAUACCCAAAAAGCUGCUACUUCUACUCGGAAAUUAGCGUUCAUUGCUGGAGUGGGGGAUGAAUUGUCAAAGAUAAGGCUCCGAAAGCCCAACUCCAGCAAACCACAACCAGACGUCCCGGCGGAGAGACCGCGAACCGUUGCCCUCGAGGAACUACCAGACGCAGCGCGAUCUGAUGAUGAGGAUUUAAGUGACUCUGAUGCUGAUGCAAGCGACUCCGAUGCGAGCGACUCCGAGACAAAGAACCGGCAAAAGAAUCGAAAGACUACCAACACCAAGAAGACCAAGAAGACGACUGGAGCAUCUCGACAUAGCAGUGUAGCCCCGGACGAGAAGGACCUCCCUACUAUAUUACGGACUUCAGCCAGGGCAAUGUCAGCAGAUCCUUAUGUGGCUCCCUCGACCGGUGAUCGUCCGGGAAUUUCCGGCGCAAUACGCGGUCUUAUCUCACUCGAAAAGGUUCUGGGCAAGGAACUCAUCGGCUUCCAUAAGCUCAGCGGAGGGAAGCGAUUUCUAUUUGGCCCCUCCUCCAAUUAUAAGCACGGUGCAAAGAAAUUGGUCAUUAUGAUCGCCCAAUCGAGGUUGUCAGAGUCGCUUACGCAGAGUCUAAUGGGUGACUUCGCCUUAGGGUUAGACCAAUCCACGGGAUAA